AUGGGCUUCGAAGGUGUUCCCAAAGAAAUGAAAGCCGUGCAGGUCGUCGAGUUCAACAAACCGUACAAGAUACACCAAGUUCCGACGCCCAGCGAACUCGGUGAUCAUGAAGUUCUACUCAAGACCGCCGUUGCGAGUCUCUGUCAUACCGACUCAAUGGUAGUCGAAGGAAAGUUCCCCACUCGACUGCCAUGCACGGGGUCGCAUGAGGGUACAGGGGUAGUCGUGGCUAGUUGUGAACGGGUACUGACAGGCUUCAAGGUGAAUAAUCUCAAGAAGGGUGAUCGCGUCAUGGCAGGCAUCAUGCUUAACGAAUGCCAAAGCUGCCCGAGCUGCAAGCGUGGCAAUGACUUCCAGCAGUAUUGUCCUAAUGUCAGUGGGCUAUUGGGCGUCAUCGUCAAUGGAGCCUUCGCCGAAUACCAUGUGUCGGAUAGUCGAACGAGCUGCAAAAUUCCCGACAACGUUAGUUUCGCCGCCGCGGCACCGUUGGCUUGUGCCGGCUGCACCAUCUACCGAGCCAUCCUGACAAGCGGAGCGGAGAAGGGCAGUUGGCUGGGCUUGGUGGGUGCAGGAGGCGGGCUUGGUCAUCUAGGCAUCCAAUUCGCCAAAGCAAAGGGUAUAAACGUGGUCGCAGUCGACGCUCGAGAUGCUGGUAUCGAAUUGUGCAAAUCUGCCGGUGCAGAGCACGUCCUGGAUGCCCGCGAGGGCAAGGAUGAGGUCGUCAAAAGGGCCCAAGCCCUGACCAACGGUCAAGGAGUUGACUGCGCCGUGAAUGUGUCGGAGCACGAAACCUCAGCUGGUCUCGCAUGUGCUAUCACCAAGAUGCACGGCACCAUGAUUCAGGUUGCUCAGCCACCAAAUGUCUCGGUACCUUUCCACGAGCUCGUCUUCCGCGACAUCAGGAUCCGCGGCACAUUGGUGGCUGGUCAGGAAAUCUCGCAGGAAAUGCUCAACGAGGUGGGCCGCAGCGGCAUUCACGUUGAGACGCAGGUGUUCAAAGGGCUUGACAAAGUUCCCGACAUGGUUGAGCUCGCGCACUCGGGAAGCUUGAAGGGCAAGGCGGUCUGUGUUGUGAACCAGGAGCUCGUUGAUGGUGACAAGGACAAGGUAUAG